GGUCGCCUGUCUCGUCAUGCCGCUCGGCGCCGUCUACCAGAUCAGCAAGGGCUGGAUCCUAGGCCCGGAGCUGUGCGACAUGUGGACGUCGAGCGACGUGCUGUGCUGCACCGCGUCCAUCCUGCACCUGGUGGCCAUCGCGGUGGACCGCUACUGGGCCGUCACCAACGUCGACUACAUCCACACGCGCAACUCGUCGCGCAUCGGCAUCAUGAUCAUCGUUGUCUGGGCCGUCGCGCUCAUCGUGUCGCUGGCACCGCAGUUCGGGUGGAAGGACCCGGAGUACCUGGACCGCAUCAACGUGCAGCAGCGCUGCCUGGUGAGCCAAGACGUGGCGUACCAGAUCUUCGCGACGUGCUCCACGUUCUACGUGCCGCUGCUCGUCAUCCUGGUGCUGUACUGGAAGAUCUUCCAGACUGCGCGCAAGAGGAUACACCGUCGACGCCAGCAGCGGCCGCCGGACAAGGCGGCGGCGGCUGCGGCCCGGCCGUCAGCGACGCCGGGGGCGGAGAGCCGUCCGCCGUCCCUGUCGCUGCCGUCUCCCGGCCCCACCGCCGCCCCCGCGCCGGCCUCCCUGCUGCCCGGCGCCGCCUCCGCCCGCACGGGACCCACCGUCAAGUUCCUGUCCAAGCGCCGCUUCCGCCGCCUGCGCGCCAGCAAGAAGUCGUCCGCCGCCGAGGCGCUCGUGUCGUCUCUCGCACUCGUCGAGGGGCAGUCCACCGCCUCGGCAGAAGGUGUCAGCGAUGACGCGACCAGUGGCCUCCCUGCCACCACAUCGUCGCCCACGGACGUGUGCGGCGACAGCACGGCCACCCUAGACGGCAGCGCGCCUGCCCUGGAAACGACGGCGUUCACCAUCAGCAAGGCGGUGGAGCAGCGCAGCGCCGCGGCCGCCAACGUAGGGGCGGCGGUGGGGGCGGGGCUGGCCGCCGCCUCCAACAGCGUGUCGCCCGAGAAGUCAUCCACGCCCACCACCACCAACAACGGCUCGGCCAGCCACCAGAGCCACAUGAGCGACAUGUCGCGCUCCGAGAUCCUGCACAAGGACGGCGGGCCAGAUGCUCAGAAUAAAACAGCGAAUGGGGGCAACAUAUGCAACUCAAAAUUGAUGACUGACAAUACGCCGCGCGCCAAGAAGGAGAGCCUCGAGGCGAAGCGCGAGCGCAAGGCGGCGAAGACGCUGGCCAUCAUCACGGGCGCCUUCGUCGUCUGCUGGCUGCCCUUCUUCAUUAUGGCACUGCUCAUGCCACUCUGCGACACCUGCGUCAUCAGCGAGGACCUGUCCAGCUUCUUCCUGUGGCUUGGCUACUUCAACUCCACCCUGAACCCCGUCAUUUACACCAUCUUCAGCCCCGAGUUUCGGCAGGCCUUCAAGCGCAUCCUGUGCGGUGCUGGCAGCCGACGCUCCAAGUUCCGCGCCGGCAAGCUCAGAUAA